AUGGAUGCAGAAGACCCUUCCAGCUUGAAGCUCUCGUCUUUGGCUCAAGAUGAAGCCGAGAGGCAGCGCUCCAGCAGCACCGUCGCCUCUGCCGGUGGGGCCGAUCGACUCGCUACCCAGGAGAGUCUCUUGCCUUUCCACUCUCGCCAGCUGCAACAGCAGGCCGAAGCAGCAGUCGCAGCAGCAGAAGCAGCAGUUGAAGCAGCCCGAACUCACUGGAAGCCACCUGCUGCAGAACAGCACAGUCAGGGGAACCCCCGCGGGAGGCCCACAGGGACCCACGCAGAAGCUGCUGAUUGCACUGACAGCGCACAGCUUCGUCAUUUCCCCUAUGACCAAAACCUAGCCUUGUCAGUUUGUUUGUCUUCUAGCAGCAGCAGUGACAGCGGCCUAGACAGCCCUUCAAAUUCCUACACACCGAAGCAGCAUAAUCCGCAGCAGCAGCUGCUGCAGCCACACCAGCAGCAAGAGCAACCCGUAAGCUGCAUUGUAACGGAGGGUUUUUCCGGCGAGGUAGCUUACCUAGAGUUCGUACCUCAAGGUGAUCACACUGGACUGCAGCUGCUAGCAAGGGCGCGGAAGCGCGGAAACAGUUCCGCUCUUCUGCGAGUUGCGGCUUCUGCAUUCGAUGCCCAAACAACAGCAGCAACAGAUACAUCUGGUCAAUCAGCAGGGGCAGCAACCACUGGCGCGGGUAAAGCCCAUGAACCAACAGUGACCGUGCAGCAGCUGAAGCCGCUGUUGCAUCACUCUCCCGUUCUAGCUGACGCUAGGGACCGUGGGGUCGGCAGUGGUGGAACAAGCCCCAGCAGCAGCAACAGCAGCAGCAGCAGCAGUGGCCCUCGCUGCUGGGUGGUUGGGUACGAGGAGUUGAUUGAAGGACUUUUACCGGCCUGGCGGUCUUUGAGCGAUGCUUCUCGUGAAUGUCUGUUGAGCGCGAAAGGGGAUCGGUCUCUUCGCCGCAGGCUAAAGAAAGCUCUGAGCACUUUGCAGGGCUUUCGUGUCCAGCUCGAAGAUCAACAGCAGUUGCUGGCAAGGACGCGCUUCCUCCGCCGCACCAGCGGCAGUAGGAGUAGCGGCAACAGCGAUCCUCAAGAAACGCUGCAAAAAAUCAUACAUUGUUAUGUGGGAAUAUCGAGGCUGGCGGAAGAGACGCACGCGGCAGCUGAGGGGCUAUUGCAGCACGUCAGGAAUGGGAAGCAGCUUCAGCAGCAACUGCAGCAGCAGCAGCACCACUUUGCAGCUGCUAUUGGCAGACUCGACUCCUUCGCUCAUUCCCUGCAGCAGCUGCAACAGCUGGCCAGGCAAGAGGAACAGCAUCUGCAACAGAUGCAACAGCAGCAGAAACAGCACAUUUGGAAACUCAUGGACCAAUGGUCAUCUGGGGAAGUUGAAAUGCAGCAGCAGCUAUUGAAAACGGUUCUGCAAAUCGCAGCAGCCGAUGCUAAACAUAUGGAUGAGCUGAGAGAAGCCUGGAUACAGUUGAUGUGCUUGAGCGCGCUGCCACGGAAACUUGCAGCCGAAGAGACGGCGGAUGUUCCAACAGCGACAGUAGCAGCAGCAGAAACAGGAUCAAGCGAAAUUGCUGAUACGCUGCGUGAAGAAGGAUCUCUCGUUAAAAGGAUUGGGUUUACAAAGGAGCAGGCCCCGCGACUGUUGCUACUUUGCCUUAUGCUAGAAGCAGACGAGCUUGCAGGGUGGGUCCUUCACUGGAUUGAUGCAUGCAUGCCUAUCGCAACAACUCCUGCAGAAGCAGGUGGUUCAAAAGACGGAAAAGUUCCUGGUUGCAAAGACAGCGCAACAAGCAGCAGCUGGGCUCCUGCUGCGGCAGUAGCAGCAGCGUUCGUUUCCGAUGUUGCAGCAGCACAGCAGAGCAUGCAACCUGAAGCAGCUGUCUACACGCCGGAGAUAUAUGCCUUCUUGAGGCGGCGUCUGCUGCGAAUUCGCGCCUGCAGUCAUCUAUCCAGCAGCAACAGCAAGAUGACAAAAGCACGCAGCAGAAGGUCUACUGCAGCACCACCCAGCAGCAUACAUCAAGAUUCGCACAGAAGCAUAUCUCCGAGCACCGGAAUCACCUCCCCUUUGGCAACUCAGCAGCAUAAGCACCAUGUAACGGCUGCAGCAUCCGCCCCUGCUACUUAUGCUGCAGCACGUGGGGCGUAUGCUUCGGGCCCAAGGGAAGGAAGAAGCGGCAGGACCCCCACGCCCGUUGCAGCAAGCAUCUGCCCCUCCCCAGCACGCCGCCGCAGCUGCACAACGGAUACGCGUGCUGCAGAGUCAGCGUCUCGCUUAAGCAACCAUCAGCAUCAGCAUCACAACGGACCACCAGCUGCUGCUGUUCAGAGCCCACCUACUGCUUCUGCAACCUACGCAAGCGGUAUCUUGAACAUGAUUAAGCCCCUGCUUGUCUCAGAGGAGGAAGUGCAGUUGGAACGUCAACAUAUGCACCAUAUGUACAACACCACAGAUGAGGCACUGCAGAAGCAGUUGCUGCUCCUGCAGCAGGAAGAACAGCUUCUGCAAUUGCAUCGGCAGCAAGCACAGCAGCGGCAGCAGCAACAGAGUGUCGAGCAGUUGAUGCAAUCUCACAUGCCCCAGGGAGUGCCGUUCAUGCUAUCCUCUCAAGAGGAGCUUUCGGUGCAGCUGGAGAACGACACAGAUAGACUGCUGCGCCAGGAGUUGGCGCUUCUGCAGCAGAAAGAGCAGGAAAUGCAGCAGCGUAGACUCCAACUGCUGGCUCUGUCCGAGGCAGAAACAGCUGCUGCUGUUGGAGCAGAGACUAGACGCAGCAGCAGACGGUUGACUUCUCCACCAAGAAGGCAGUUGUCUAUGAGGCGGCGUCAGCAGCAUGCUGGUGUGUUUGCUGCUGCCCCCCCCAAAAGCAGCAGCAGCAGCAGAUCUCCCAGCUCUCCAACAGCAUCAGUAAAGGAGCUGCUGCCCCCCCCAAAAGCAGCAGCAGCAGCAGAUCUCCCAGCUCUCCAACAGCAUCAGCCAACGAAGCAGCAACAGCAGCACCUGCAGGAGCAGCAGCUGCACCAACAAGAGCAACAGGACCACCUGCAGGAGCAACAGCUGCCGCUGCAAGAGGAAGAACAGCAGCACGAAUCUGAGCAAUAUACUGCUCUGGAUCUGACCCUGCAAAGGAUAUUUCGAGUUCCUGCAGCUAGCAUCCCGGGGAGGAGACAGAACGGUGCAGCAGGACCCUGCAAAGGAUAUUUCGAGUUCCUGCAGCUAGCAUCCCGGGGAGGAGACAGAACGGCAGCAAAGAGGCAGCAACAGGGAAUGGGCGUGUCUGGAGAAGAGCGCAAGGCCUUGGCUGAGAAGCUAAGGAGACUGGCGCAGCAGUUGCAGGAUGAUGAAGAGCCAACGCAGGAGCAGCAAAAUUCUCAAGAGCAGCAGCAGCCACAGCAGUAUAACAAACGACACCAGCAGCAGCAGCAGCAGGAGUGCCAAAAGCGGACGCCUCCGAACAUGAACGAGCACGCAGACACUGCUGCCGCUGCAUCUCUUCAAGCCAGGUGCAGAAGCAGCAGCAGCAGUGCAGUUAACGACGAAUGCAUUGCCUCUUCAAACAAGCAAACGGAAAGGCAAAGAAGAGGCAGCAAGGGAGCAGAGGCAGCAGCAGAAGAAUGCGCAGCAACAAGGAGCGCCAGCCCUCCCACCGUAGAGAUGGAGCAGCAGGCGAAAGUUCUUCAGGUGUUAGACAUCCUCAUGAGGCAAAUCGAGACGUCUCAAGGGCUCACAUCCGAUAACACGUCAAUAACUGCAAGAGAAACAGAAACAGCGACAGCAACAGCAGCAGUAGCAACGCGUAGAGUUUCGUCAUCUUUCUUCACAGAUACCCUGUCAGAGGGACAUGAAGAGCUGCAGCAGGAAGAAGGCCGUUGCAGGACUCAAAACAAUUCAACGACACAAGCGGUGACAGCGUUUGCAGCCUCAGGGGCAACCGCAGUCUCACCACCUAAAGCAGCAGCAAGAAUGGCUCACCCGUGCAGUUCCACAGCUGCCUUGAUGAAGGGUGUACGGCAGGAAGGACAGCCGCGAAGUCGGGCAUCUUCGGCCGUAUUCAACGCAGCAGAAGAUUCAAAGGGAGCAGUGGAACUGGAGCAUCAGGACUCUUCUAUGCCCACGUCAUCGCUCGCCGAAGCCCGCAGCUGCUGCAGCGGCCAAUGCACCCCUAGGCGGAAUGAGUCGUCAGAAGCAUCCGGGCAGUCGGCAGCAGCAGCAGCCGUGGCAGUUCCCUUUAAGCAAGACCGUUCUGUAGGAACAGCCAGGAGGCGGCAACAUGACCCGUUUUCAGAAGCUGUACUGCAGCUGCUGCACGACGAAAAGCAGCAGCAGCAGCAGCAGCAAAGGGCAGUCAGGAGAAAUCAUCCUACCUCGGCCCACAAAGUCCAGCAGCAGCAGCCGCAACAAAAAGAAGUGUAUGCUGCUUCUCUAUCCCCACCGAGUCGCUCUAUCGCAAUGAAGAAGCAGCCUUCUUUGCAGCACCAAAACGUCAACCUUGCAAAACCAGACUCCAGCGAGCAGCGCUUGGCAGCAGAAGAUUCAGCACAUAAUGACGUGGGACCAGCAUCAAAGGCGGACGAAGGCGGAGUUGCAACACACUCAGAAUCAACAGGAACGGCGGAGGGGAAAACAGCAGCAGCUCUUGCUGCUAUUGCAGAAGCAGCAUCUGCAGGGCUCCGCACUACAAUGACUUCACAAGGGCAACCGCAGCAAUGCCAGGAGCAGCGCCCCUACUCUGAAACGACGUCAAGCAUUUCCAUGGGAGAUUCCUCAUAUGCAUCCUCAAAGUCGGUGGUUGCAGAGACUGCUGCAGCAGAGGCUAAGGCCACUCCAGCUAAAGCUGUUGCUGCAUCCACUUCAGAGCCCGUUGCCGCAGCAGCAGGUCCAGAGGCAGAAGCAACUGCAGAAACUGCAGAAAAAAAGCCAGAAGUAGCACUAACAGAAAGUGCAACAGGUGAGAACAAGUCAAACAAGCAGCAGCAGCAGCUCCACGGCAAAGCAGUGUCCGCUGGGAAGACGACAUCGUCCACAGAAAGCAAGCGCCACAUGCAACGCGGUGUCAGCACCAGCUGUAACAGCAGUAGCAACAGCAGCAGCAACAACAACAACGUCAGCAGUAGCAACAGCAGUAGCAGCAGCAACAACAGUAGCAGCAACAGCAGUAGCAGCAACAGCAGAUCCGCCAAUUCCAGAACAGCGGUAGCGAAGCGGUUCGGGGGGCAGCCGGACGAGGCAGGAACACGAAAUGAGCAGACGGUGCUGCAAAGGCGCUUGCCUCAGCAGCAGUAUUCAAGGCAGCAACAGCAGCAGAAGAAAGCAACAGCAAAAUCAGCGGCAGCAGCUGCAGCAGCUGCAGACAAACCAGGCCUUAGCGCUACUUCAGCUCCUACCCAUAGCACUACGGCGCCUCAGCAACAACAGCGGCGAGAGCGGCAGCUGUUGCUACUGCAGCAGCAGCGGCAACGACUGAGGCGGGAAAAGCAAUUGCAGCAGCAGCAGCAGCUAUCUCCUCUGGAGGAGUUGAAACUUCGGAGAAUCAAAGUCAAAGAAAUUGCUUUGCAGCAAAGACUAAAGGCUAGUGGACUGGCGUAUGUACUUGAAAUGAUAAACCCAAACACGCAUGUCUAG